AUGCGUUGUCGAACACUCUGGCUUCCGGCAAUGCUGUACGCAAAGGUUGCUGCGGUGCUCAGAAAGAUACCUCAAGUGACAGUACUGUAUUUGCGCGCGGCACAAUCUGUAUGGAAACAGAUUUACGUAGUGGAACUUCUGUUCAAACAGACAGUGAGUGAAGUGCGACAGUACCUUGAUAAUGCCGACCAAUAUCAUCAAAGAUUACACAGCUGGGAAGAAGCAGAGAUUCUAGUGACAAACUCCGAAGGUGAGUUUGUCUCGCACGAUGUUCAUCACUUUGCUGAACUCAGCCAACAAAGACAUCACAGAAGAAGGCGUAAUGCUGAACUAUAUCAGCUCCACUCUUCCAGAAGUAACGACGAGCACGAAUCGUUUUUUGUGAAUAUAACGACGGGGUCGUUUACACAUCAUCUUAAACUGGUACAUUCGGGAAUACAACUCCACCCAGAUGCCAAAAUCAUACAUAAUCAUCACAACUACACGACUCACGAAGACUUUCAUCCGAGUUAUCAUAGUUGUUUCAUGACCGGGCACGUAGUAGGAAAGGAGAAGCUGUCAACUUCGUUGUCACUAUGCGGCGAGGUUCAAGGACUUCUGGAGCUGGAUGAUGAGCACUGGUUCAUCGAGCAGCCUCAUCCAGACGAAAAGACAGAGCUACGUUACAUAUCGGCGCAGUGCGAUUCGGCCAAGUAG